GUACACUGUAAUUCUACGAAACUAAUUGUCAAUCACGCGAUGUGUUCUCUGAGAGGGAUUUUCUUCGUCGUUGCUGUAACGGCGUCAAUCGAAGCUACCAGCUUCAACGUAACCCAAGCAACGCUUUGGUGGCAGACAACAACUCUUUACCAAAUUUGGCCACGUUCUUUCAAAGACAGUGACGGUGAUGGAAUCGGUGAUUUGAAUGGUAUCACUAGCAAAUUGACUCACUUGGUUGACAUGGGAAUCGAAGUUAUCUGGCUUUCACCUUUCUUCGCGAGUCCCUUAAUCGAUAGCGGCUACGAUAUUUCCGAUUACCUUAGCGUGAAUCCAGUCUAUGGUACCCUGGAUGAUUUCGACGACCUCAUCGCUACGGCAAAUGAACUUGGUCUUAAAGUAGUUUUGGAUUACGUGCCCAAUCAUACAAGCGACGAACACGCAUGGUUCAACUAUUCGAAGUACAGCGUCGAUCCUUACACUGAUUACUACAUUUGGAACGAAGGAAUCGAGGUGAACGGCACUCGGAAUCCGCCGAAUAAUUGGCUCAGCGUUUUCAACAGCGGAAGCGCAUGGGAAUGGGUGGACGAACGUCAGGCCUACUAUCUUCAUCAAUUUCACGUCAAGCAGCCCGAUCUUAACUUCACGAAUGAGCUGGUGAUAGAGGAAACCAAGGAGAUACUGACCUUCUGGCUAGAUCGUGGUAUUUACGGUUUCCGCAUCGACUCCCUGCCCUACCUGAUAGAGGAUGCUUCACUGGCAGACGAGCCGGCAUCUGGUUUGGACGGCUACACGUCAACCGACUAUUACUAUCUGGAGCACAUAUACACGAAGGAUUUGCAAGAGAAUUACGAAAUAGUACAAAUAUGGAGGGAUCACAUAGACAAUUACACGCUUGUUAAAGGGGACGGUGUUGAGAGAGUGAUGUUCACCGAAGCAUACGCAAAUAUUUCAAGUAUAAUGGAAUACUACAAUUACGGAUCCCACGUACCGUUCAAUUUCUUCAUGAUCAAAGACGAGAAUGGCGUGAAUAAUGCCGUUUUAGACACAGCUGGCGAAGUAGUGGACAUAAUUGUCAAAUGGAUGGAGAACUUGCCGGAGAACGCAACAGCAAAUUGGGUGUUUGGAAACCACGACAACAGUCGGAUCGCAACUAAGCUCGGCGAGGCCCGUGUGGAUGCUGUUAAUUUACUGCUCUUUCUGCUCCCCGGUGUUGCGACCAUUUAUAACGGGGACGAAAUCGGUAUGACCGAUACCUAUCUCACAUGGGAAGAGACUGAGGAUCCUCAGGCUUGCAGCACGGACGAAAGUCGUUACGAAUCGUUCUCAAGAGAUCCCGAACGCACUCCUUAUCAGUGGGACAACACGACUUCCGCCGGUUUUUCAACGAACGCUACUACCAUGCUGCCGGUGAACUCGAACUAUCUAACAUUGAACCUCGCGGCUCAAAAGGCAGCCGAUAUCAGUAAUUACAAGAAUGUACAAGAACUGAUUCGGUUGCGCAACAGUACGGUAGUUCAGCGGGGAAAUUUGAACGUUCAAGUCAUCAGCGAAAGUGUAAUAGCCUUCACAAGAGAGAUUGUCGACUCUCAGCCGAUCGCUGUUUUGGUCAAUUGGGACAACACAAGUGCGGUGACGUUUAGCCUGGAAGUGUUCGAAAGUCUUCCUGAAACUUUGGAGGUCUUGAUCGCUGACAUUAAUUCCGGAAUUAUUGUUGGGGAUCAAUAUGCUAAAACCAGCAUUGAACUACCUGCGAACGCUGCAGUUGUCCUGCAGGGUGUCGAGGAUGCUGUUUCCGAAGCAUGGACCAGCCGAUCAUCGAUAACUCGCUGUGUCCUUGGUUUAAUCUGCAUUUUACAAUUGACCUGUAAUCACUUGCCUAUUUUAUUCACGUAAUAAUAAUCUCGUAUCUGUUGUUAUAACAGAAAAUCUUAUCAAUCAAAGUCCACUUUCCAAUCCAUCGAUGCCCAUGA